UCCAGAACUUCCGUGUUGAUACGACGGAGCGUCUGGAGCACAGGAAGCGGACGUUUUUUACUCUAUUGGAUUUUUUUUUUUUUUUAUCGAUCCAACGAUAGAUGUAGCUAUAGGAACAGAAGUUCGCCAAGGAAGCACAGGAAGUUGCUGCUGCUGUGUCCCGGACCAUCUUUACAAACAGAUUUUGCAUUUUAACCUGGGAUCCAACAAAGACAUCACUGAUGAUGAGACCACCAGCCUGGAGAGCCUUUUGCUGUCUGAAGUUCAGAGUUAUCUACCUCCUCUUGACUCUGAAUGUCAUUAUUCUGCUGCUGUACGGAGACAAUUAUUUAAGAACAUGUGAAGUAACCAAGGCAAAACUCACCAACAGUAUUGCUAAAACCAGCUGCUCCUUCCAUUCACUAUCACCAAAGGAGGCACAAGUGGCAAAUUCUCUGAAACGCUUAAUUGCCUGGCCCGAAACGCUUUCUUUGCCACCUCACCUCUCCUUGAGUGACACCAGUGAUCCCGCUCACAGCACCUUCACCGUUCUCCCAAACGAACGGGGAAGUUGGUUUGUAGGGGGUCAGCUGGAGGUUUUGAUAAAAAUGUCCGACUUCCACGGUCGGCCCAAAACGUCUGGCGGAGACUUCCUGCUCGCUCGGCUGCACAACCCUACCCUUAACGCAGGCGUGGCGGGGCGAGUUUUCGAUCAUCGCAAUGGCUCCUACACUGCUGUAUUCCCUUUACUCUGGGAAGGAAGCGCACACGUUGAGGUGACCUUGGUCCACCCCAGUGAGGGAGUCGCCGUGCUGGAAAAGCUGACCCAGGAGCAACCUGACCGAAUCUAUUUCCGCAGUCUUUUCCGACUGGGUUCAGCGCACGAAAUGACGACCUGCAACAUAUGCCUCCGUUCAAGUCAGAGGCUGUGCAACUACACGGAUCUCAGCACAGGUGAGCCCUGGUUCUGCUACAAGCCAAAGAAUUUGAGCUGUGAUGCCAGGAUCAGCCACGCCAAAGCAGGAUUCAGAGUAUAUCUCAGGCCAGUGGAGGAAAAGCUCUUUCAAAGUGCCGUCAACCUGAAGGUCUUCAUUCCGGCUUCAGGACCUGCACACAUCCAAGUUCGGAGUCAAUUUGAUUACUUUUACAGAUCAGAUUUCAACUUCCCUUGGGACUUUUCUGGUGGAGUAAAACAAACUAUGCAGUCUAGCCCCUCUGGUUAUUACUACCAGGGUGCUUGGCGGUCACUAGAUGGCACCACAGUUCACCAGUUUAACACCAUCACAGCAAUCAGCCAGUGUCUGAAAAACAAAGCACUUCACCUGUAUGGAGACUCCACCAUUAGACAGUGGUUUGAAUAUUUAAACCAAUCGCUACCAGAUCUCAAGGAGUUUGACCUGCGGAGUUCCAGUCAAACCGGACCGUUCCUGGCUUUGGAUUACGCAAACAACAUUUUAUUGACGUUCCGCAGCCACGGCCCUCCUAUCCGUUUUCGCAUCAUCCCUAUCAGUAAUCUCCAUUAUAUUGCCAACGAACUGGACCGCGUGGUUGGGGGAACCAAUACGGUUGUCGUUAUCGGCAUCUGGUCUCACUUCAGCACUUUCCCCAUUGAGGUCUACAUCCGACGUCUGCUGAACAUUCGGAAAGCGGUGGUGCGGCUGUUGAGCAGGUCUCCAGAUACUCUAGUCAUCAUCAGGACCGCGAACCCCAAAGCGCUGACGCUGUACGAGACUCUGACCAACAGCGACUGGUAUUCGCUACAGCGUGACAAGGUCCUCAGGGCAAUAUUUAAAAGAGUAAAAGUCAAACUAGUGGACGCCUGGGAGAUGUCUAUAGCCCACCACCUGCCGCACAGCCUCCACCCACAACCUCCCAUAGUUAAGAACAUGAUAGCUGUUGUUUUGUCUUACAUAUGCCCCAAAACUGAGAAUUUAUAAAGAACUAAGGCAGUUUGGACUUUCUUGAAUGUGUUUUCUGUUGUCUUCUCUGGUGAACAUUGUCUGUGAACGGAUACAGUUCUAUGAAAAAACAUUUCCCAAGCCGACUAAUAAAAUCUAACUUAAGUCACUAGAAACAAUAUUAGCUUAAAUUGAGAUUACACUGAAGUAUUGGUAAU